UACAUCUAUGAAUAACAAAAUCGAAUGAAUCAUGGUAUGAGUUCAGCAGUGUACCAAUUGUUAUCUUUGCCAUCUGUAAAAUAAAUUCGUAAAUAAAUCCAAUAAUCCAAGGUUUUGUGCAACGUACUUAAAAUUAAUUUUGAGUGAUAAAUAAUGGUUUUAUUUUUUUUUUUAAAUAAAUAUUUACCAAGAUGAAUGAAUGUAUUAUUAUUUUUACUGAUAAGGAAAUGUAUCAACAUCAGUAUCUGGAGAAAAAUCCAUCAAUGGAUUUGGAUUGAAAACUAUUGUGAUUUUAAUAAAAAGAUAUUUUAAUAAAUAGUGUUGACGAUGGAUGAAGAAAUUGCGUUGAGAGAAUGGGCACCUUUAUCAGAAAUUAUCAAUCAAAUUCCAAUAAAAGUCCAGACUGGACUUUUUUCAAAAUAUAUAUCAAUCACUUGUAUCGAUGUUAUAACUGAAUAUCUAGCGUUGGGCACAAAUAUUGGUGCUCUAUUUUGGUAUAAUAGGAAAUUGGGUCAAUUUGAAAAAUUUAAAUGUGAAACAUGUUCGGAGAUAACUUGUAUUCAAAUAGUAUCAACUGUUGACUAUAUGGUUGCAUGUGGUCAACAAAAUGGACAAAUCAGUAUAUUCCAAAUACCUAAAAGCUAUCCAGAUACAUUACCGGAUAGCCUAAAAUCACAUUGUUCGAGAAAAUUGGAACGUUAUACAGUUACAGAAAUACAUGGCUCACCAAUAUCCAGCUUGGAAUGGACUACGAAUGGUAUGAAAUUAUUUUCUGGUGAUAAAAAUGGUUUAGUGGUACUUACAGAAUUAGAUUUUUCUAUGCAUAUUUGUAAGGAGUUAGAAAUUGUAAACGAAUCUUAUGAAAUUGUGCAAUUAAGUUAUUGUAAUCAGUAUUUAUUAAUUUCAACAACAUACCGAAGUGUUAUUUGUCAUCGACAAGACGAUAAAUGGAAAGUAUGUCAAGUUGGAAAAAAAGAUAGAAAAAAUUUAGGUAAAUUUGGUGGAAUAUUUGUAAAAAAAGGUUUAAAACCGACUGAUAUUGAAGUAUAUUGUAGUCGACCAGGUUUAAGAAUAUGGGUAGCUGAUAUAAAUGGUGCUGUUGAGCGAACACUAUUGUUUAAGGAUUUAAUAACCAGUGACAUUCCAGAAAUUCCAUUACUAAAUCCAAUUUCAAAUCAUUUAAGACGUAUUAAAUAUGAAAGUGAAUUAACUUUUGGAAAAUUAUUGUACUUUAAUAAUAAGUAUUUAAUUACAUAUGAAUCAAAUGUUGUAUACAUUUUAGAUCCGGAAAAUCUCGUUGUAAUUGGAUCUAUUAGUCGAGUAAGGAGAGUCUUAUCGGUCGCUUGUAAUAAAGACGAAAUAUUUAUUCUUGAAGGAGACCGCAGUUUAAUCAGAAUAGCUUAUGAACAUGAAGAAAUUGCUGAAGAGACUGCAAACUCCAUUCCCCAGGCAACCUUAUUUCUUCCAAUAUCAAAUUCCAUAAAGGAUUUUACAUCAAAAUUCCAAUCAUCGAAUAUUUUAGCAGCAUUACCAACACUAUUAGAAACAAAUCCUACUAUUACAGAAUGUUCAAUUGAAACGGAUAAUACAGCAAUUGUUCGAGCAGAAGAAGCUCUUGAAUCUCCAGAAAAGGAAGAAGAAAAUGAAUCUGAUACAAACGAUAUUUUAAAUCCAGCACAUUAUGUCGAAAAAUUGAAAGCAAAUUCUCAAAAUCUUGCACAAAUGGUUGCAAGUUUAAUAUCCAAUAAUGGUGGACCCACAACACCAAAUCAUAAUAAAACAAUGUAUGUAUCAAAAUUUGAAUCUCCUCGACACGUGCGAACACAUCAAGAUUUAUAUUUGGAAUCAAGUGAGGAAUGUUUACGAAAAUUAGAAAUUUUCGAUAAAAUUGGAGAACAAAAUUAUGAUUCUGAUAUUUUAUUUAAACAUUCACGGCGAAAAAAACAAAAGAAGCACGAUGAAGAUUCUCGAAUGACUAACUCGUAUUAUACCCCUGAUUUAAGUCCGAAACAUGUACAACCGUUAAAUUUAAGUAUGAUUGAAUUACCCACAGAUUUUUCAUUACUUAAGCCAGAUUUAAGAAGUCCAGAUUCCAUACAAAAUGAUAUUAAAACGAAAGAAAAACUGUUAUCGGACGUUUUAUAUUUUACAUCAAAAAUUGAGGAAAAUAAUGAAAAUGAUGUGAGUGAAAGUUUAGAAAAUAAUAUUACAGUUCCUGUUACAAAGGUCUGCCAACCACCGCCGUCAACAACUAGUGAAACGGAUACUAAACCAAAGAAAGUUGAUAAAAAAUCACAAAUGCCUGUGUGGGUUGUUCAACCGAAUAUAAGUAAACCUUCAUCUUCGAGUAAAGGACUGUUGAAACGUAUCAAAAAGAAAACGACGAAAAAUGAUGACGAUACUGGAUUAGUAAAUCAUAAAUUUAGCUACGAUCCAGAUGAUUAUCUAGGAACAGCACCAAAUAUUGGAUUUAGUGGAGCACAAGAUAUAUUAACAGACGGAUCAGAUGUAUCAUUAACAGACUGGGAAAUACUAUAAAAUAAUUUGAUAUCAAAAUUUUAUCAUUUUAAA